GAGGAUUGCAAGGAGAUAGGGGCAUUGAGCGCAGCUGCUGAGGUUCAACCUACAUUCAGUUUAACCCUGAGCACAGAAUGACGUACAAUAUACCUAACAUAUGUGACAUUGCCAAAAAUACAGGACCAUGAACAGAAGCCUUGAUUGAACAAAUCAAUGGCAUUUCUCAAAUCUCUCUAUAACAUCUCCUAACUAAAACUUGCAUAUCUGUGAGAGAGCACAUGUUGUGCACUCAAUGUGCAGGUUAUCGAAAUUGCAAAGCUUGUCUGACUAGUUCUCUCCGCCGCCGCGAGAUGUCUCCGCUGUCGUGCUAAUCCAAGGAAGCGGGAGGGCUCGGGAGGGCUUGCGGUCGCCCUGCGGUCUCGAGUGACGGCGCACUGCUCCUCUGACAGGGCACGCGGUGGUGGUGACCUGCUAUUGCGAAGAUGCAGCUGGCGGUGGUUUUACUGUUUGUGACUGUGUGUGUGAUCGGUGGAGAGGCUGCAGCACGUUUCGAACCGUCGGAAAUUCACCCAGGCCACGAAAAAGAAUGCUACGUUCAUGAGAUCAGAGGUUACCUGAAGCCGGGCAAAAAGAGAUAUCUGGCAAACUGUUCGGUCGUGGAGUGCACGAAAGAAAGGGGCGCUCUAUAUCUGUCCUUUUUAUCGUGCGGCGUGGUCGCUCACCACCCCUCGUGCACACCGAUACCCACUUCUCGGUUCGCUGUCUACCCAGAAUGCUGCAUAGAGUACGACUGUCCUCCUGGGGCUGGCAUCUCAAGAGUCGGCUAGCUGCAGUGAUGCCAUAUGAAGUUUUUGUACGCAAUUGCAUGUGAUGCUCUUAUGUAGUUUGAGCGGUCCCGAGGUUUCACUUCACUGACCUGUGUAACUUGCGAUCUCCUUGUGGAUUGUGAUGUCUUACGCGUGUUUGCUGGUGCUUUCUUUUUGACUUUAGAAGUAUCUGCUAAAAAUGGAAAUAUAUUUUCUUCUAAAGUCAACCUGUGGGUGGAGAAUAUAUUUUUGAAACAGGAGCA